AGUUUCAGGGUCCUUUUUCUUUCCUGGUCUGUUCUUGCUUGCUUUGCUAGUUGAGAGAAAGCAUGCGUGGGUACCCGGCAGGCUGAACCAUGUCCAAUGUAGCAGGUACAAGCCUUGCGCCGGGGCGGGGGGCGAAGUUGAGGACUCUGGUCCGGGUAAGCAGCCGCACACCGGCACAACGACACGCUCGAAGCUGGAGCGAGCUCUACCGUUGUCGUGUCGUGCUUGCGAGGAUCACCCGCCGGCGAUCGACGCCAACUUACGAGAGCCCCAUGUCCAAUUCCCGUCCGCCAAGUUCCCAGCCGAGCCAGCCAGCACCGGACGCCGUGGAGCCACCUCGACACCCUCGAACCCAUUUGCCGGGACGCCGCCAUACGACCCUUCCCAGAGUGGCGACAAUGGAAUGGGUCACUUUUUGGGCGGAGACCUAUCCGCACCACGGCGGUGGGCUCGCUGGCUCCCAGGAUGUUUGGGUAUCUCCGACCACCUUUGUCAAGCCACUGCAGCCACAAGCCUCCCUUCUCCGCGGGCCGGCAUGGACCUUGGGGCCAUCCCUAUCCUGGUUGGGCUCCAGGUAUGACUUCGUUGCGACCCAUUGGCCCAGGGGGGUGUGGGCGGCCGCUAUGCGAGGCGCGGCGAGCGUUCCUGACAGCUAGCAGACGACAGAUUCGCCACUUGUACUUCCCCAUUCGAGGGUCGGCUGGGCAUUUGUUGUAAAAUAGCAAUUCGGGACUUUCCCCUUGAAAUUCGAGGCUCCGGGAAAUCCUGGCAAGCAUGACACAGUACUGAUCAGCAUCAUCCCCAAGAUUUGUGCCUCGUUACCGAGUUCU